CAUUUACUAUUGACGUUAAAUGGCUAACUAGCGCAGGCAAACUGGAUAUAACUAGUUAAGUUGGCUAGCAACGUUACUUCUCGUUCUCCCGCGGCGAACGAAAUAGUUGCUCGUAGUCUAACGUUAGGUGUUGGAAAGACAAUCCCGUUGAGUGCACCGCUGAAAGAGAGUUGCUUUUUACAAGCAAACGAACAUUAGCUAACCAUCAUGUGGGCAAAUAUGUAACCUCAGUAUGUAGUUAGUAGGCACCAGCUAGUUAGUUAUAGCUAGCUAGCAAGUUCCCUCGCAAAGUCUCGGCACUCGUUAGCUCGCCAGCUAGCCAAGUUAACUAGCUAGCUAAUUGAAAAGAUCGAGAUUAAAACAUUAGCUUUACCGAACGACCGAAAACCAUCAAACAUAUUGCUGUAGCUACCUGGACAGUGAGUCUCCGUUUCACUUCUCCUCUACCAACAACAACAUUAAUGAUGACGUCACUGCCUCGUCACGUGAUCCCGACUGAGUACUAAAAAUAGAGCUACUGAGUUACCGACAGCGGACCACACAAUACACCUUAGCUUGAGGUCAUGGACGGAAGAAAGCCAUUACCGGAUUUCUGACGACUGAAAUACAGCAGUGCCUGUAGUCGAUGGCAGACAGUCCGGUGACGCGGCCCAGUCCGGCCGGGCUCCCCUGGUACGUGGCGGGCUCCCAGCUCCUGGGUCUGUCCUGCGUGGUCAUCACCGGGGUGUGGAUGGGGCACUACCGGGGCGGCUACGCCUGGGACGGCUCAGCCAAAGAAUUCAACGUGCACCCCCUCUGCAUGGUCCUGGGACUGGUCUUCCUCUACGGAGAUGCGAUAAUGGUUUACAGAGUGUUCCGAAACGAGAACAAACGCAGUGUCAAAAUCCUCCACGCUGUGCUCCACGUCAUCGCCCUCAUCUUCAGCAUCAUAGGUUUUGUGGCCGUGUUUGAGUUUCAUGCCAAAGCCAAGAUUCCAGACAUGUACUCCCUGCACAGCUGGUGUGGGAUGCUGACGUUCGUUCUCUUCUGCAUCCAGUGGCUGAUGGGCCUGGGCUUCUUCCUGUUCCCCGGGGCGGCGCCCGGCCUGCGCAGCUGGUACCUCUCCCUCCACGUCUUCUUCGGCCUGGCGCUGUUCGCUCUGGCCGUGGCCACCUGUCUGCUGGGGAUCACAGAGAAGCUCCUCUUCAGCAUCAUGGGCACAUACUCCAAGUUUGCUCCAGAGGGGGUGCUGGCGAACACACUUGGGCUGCUGCUGGUAGGUUUCGGUGUCCAGGUGGGAUACAUCGUGACGCGGGAGGAGUUCAGACGCCCCCCACACCCAGAAGAAGAAGCCCUCUCCAUGCACUUCAAGACCCUGACGGAGGGCGAAACCGCCAGCUCCCCUUAGCACUCCCCAGACCAUACUGCACUAGACCUGUGUCAAAUACACAUUGUACAAAAAUUGUUUUGGAUACUUUUCUGGGCUCGAUUGAUCUUGCCUGGUGCAAUUGAGCCAAACAAGAGGACCAGAAGGUUGGGUUUGCACUAUUUCAUAGGUUAUAAUACACUAGAUAAGCUCAGUAAAGCUUAGAAAAGAAUGAAUCCAAAACAAUCAUGUAUCUGACACAGGUCUGCUCUGUGCAACAUGCUGACAAAUCAAUCACAUGUCCAACAGCACCCUCUUGUGCCCAAAUGGAGGUAUCAUCCCAAAUGAAGGAUGAAAGAUAAUGCAGAUACAUUUCGCUUUGCUUGACAUGAUUAAGUCCAGCUAAAAUAAUUAUAUUCCAAAUCUGUAAUCAAGUAACAAUGCAAAUGCAAUGCUUCAGUACUUUUCCAGAACCAAAGAGACCCUUGCCCAUAUCUUUAAUAUCAUUAAUGAGUGCCAUUAUGAAUUACGCUGUUUGACCAUGCUGGGUAAACCGGUUCAAAAACUAUCCUGAAAAGUGCCACUGAAGAGACAAACGCACAGGAACCAGUAGAUCGAUUUUAAACAUGACAGAUUUAUGAAAUACAGAAUGAUUGCAAUGCAUCCUCUAGUUCCUCUGCUCUCCCACUGUGGUAAAAUAUCUGAAAGGCUUUAAUCGUCAAUGAAAAUUAAAUUCCUCUAUGCAUUUAUCUAAUUAGGGCGUCCAAAUAAUGAGACCAUUAGAGCAGUGAAGAGAGCAUUUAAUUUCAGAUCUCAUGUGUUGCAGCAGACCUCCAACACACCCAAUUACAGUAGGAAAUGAGGUAAAGCAGCACACCCCACGGAGAUGCCUGUGAUAAUGAGCAAUGCCCAGUGGCUUAUGUUCUUCUUCACAAUGGAGGUAACCAAUAUGACCGACACGGAUAGCCGUUUCAGAUUCUAAUACUGUGCUAAUUUAACCGAGCGAGAUCAAAUUAGGGCUUAAUACUACAAUAUAUGAAAAAUAUAUACCAUUACUUUGAUUCCUUCCUUUCACAAUUUGCCAUAAUUAUCUAGCUGUAGUGUAAAUACACUGAAGAUUUUCAUCCCCUGAGCUGUAAAAGUUUAAUUUUAUGCAUUGUCUGAGAACCUGAAGCCCCAUCUCCCAAUGCGUACUCUGUGAAGUUCCAUUCCUUCCAUCCAUUACAGCUUGAGAACUAGAAUCCAUGAGCUGCAUCUAUUCCAGCUGCAACCAAAGGGAUAUACUUGUGGUUUAUGACUGUGACUGCAAUCAUACCUUACGACUGUCUGCCGUUUCAUACUCCAGAGCAGUGUUCCUCAUUCCUGGUCCUGGAGAGCAGCAGGGGGCGUGCUGGAUUUAGUUUUUACUCAGCACUGAAUUGUUCAAUUAAAGCAUGAACUACAAAGUUGACUCACCUCGCCUGGUUUCUUGGGUCUGAAUUGGAUUCUGAUAUUAAGGCGAGAACAAAACCCAGCACACACUGCGGCUCUCCAGGGCCAGGGCUGAAGAGCACUGCUCCAGAGUGAAGUUUUUAUGUACACAGCAAUGUGACACACCUGGGUCAAAUAUAUCAUUGUUUUGGACUCUGUGGAUAUUUUUUCGUGUUCAAUUGAUCAGAAGGUUGGGUUUUUGAGAGUAUUUCAUACAGUGGGCUCCAGAAUUAUUGGCACCCUUAAUAAAAAUUGAGAAAAAAGGCUGCAUAUAAUAAACAACACAGAUAAUUAUCUAUAUUUUAUGUUCAAACAUACGGGAAAACUUGUGUACUUGUAUUUCAAUACGUUUCAAUUAUUUUAUUUCGUAAUCUAAUUUUUUCUGAAAACCACUGGUACCAAAAAUUCUUGUAUAAAAAACUAUUAUAUAUGUCUGGAGAAGUCACAGCAAUGACAUCACACUACACUGUAGACUGUUAGUCUGCUGCUGCUUGUAGGAACAGGUGUUGUAAAGGGCAUUAGUGUAAUUGCACUAGUUGUAUUUUCUGGCAGCCUGUGGGUUGUCAUUGUGGCUUUUGCACUACAGUAUUCCCACUAUUUUCAGCACCAGUACAGAGUAAUACUAAUGUGAAUCUGAAAGGGAAUCACUGCUUCAUUCUUUUGCCAUUGACAUCUACUGCUUUUCAAAUAUGUAUCCAUUUUGUGCUAGAUCUCACAUGCUUGCUUAUGAUGUUGCCUUAAUUAAAGAUUGUGUCAUUAUGUUGAAACUGACAAA